UGUACUGUACUGUGCUGUGCUGUGCUGUGCUGUGCUGUGCUGUGCUGUGCUGUGCCCCGGCGUGCAGCGAUGCUGUAGAUGCGGCAGUCAGACUGGAACAGACUGUUUGAUCCUGAAUGCAGCAGCCGGGGAGGAUAGCACCAUCCUGACAGACAGACAGCGCGGAGGACAGCCACACUUGUGUCGACAGCAGGCAAUACAGAGAGCUGGCAUGGACAAUAAGGCGCUGGAACCUGACUCUGUGAGUAUCCCCAUGGAGGAUGCCAUUAUGUGUAAUGGAGGCAGCCAGCCUCAGCAGCAGGAAGCAUCCAUGUUGAUCCACCUGAAGAAGGUUGAGAACCAGAUCACUGAAGCACAGCGCUUCUCCCACCUACCCAAACGCUCAGCCGUGGACCUGGAGUUUGUUGACCUCUCCUACACCAUCCAGGAAGGACCAUGCUGGAGGAGGAGAGGUUUCAAAGCCUUACUAAAGUGCCUGUCUGGGAGGUUCUGCAAUCGUGAGCUGAUAGGAAUCAUGGGGCCUUCGGGGGCUGGGAAAUCCACCUUAAUGAACAUUCUGGCUGGAUACAGGGAAACAGGGAUGAAGGGUCAGAUCCUGGUAAAUGGGAAACCCAGGGACCUGCGGAAAUUCAGGAAAAUGUCCUGCUACAUCAUGCAGGAAGACAUGCUGCUGCCACACCUCACUGCACGAGAGGCCAUGAUGGUUUCAGCCAACUUAAAGCUGGAUGAAACUAUGGAUGUGAAGAAAAAACUGGUGAAUGAGAUCCUGACUGCAUUAGGGCUCCUUGAGUGUGCUCACACUCGUACCAGCUCGCUGUCAGGUGGUCAGUGUAAACGUCUGGCCAUUGCCCUCGAACUGGUCAACAAUCCUCCAGUAAUGUUCUUUGAUGAACCCACCAGUGGCUUAGACAGUGCGUCAUGCUACCAGGUGGUGUCGCUAAUGCGCUCUCUGGCUCUGGGAGGACGGACCAUCAUCUGCACCAUCCACCAACCCAGUGCCAAACUGUUUGAGAUGUUUGACAAGCUUUACAUUCUCAGUCAGGGACAGUGUAUCUACAAAGGCACAGUCCCUUACCUCAUCCCCUAUCUGAAGACUCUGGGGCUCUAUUGUCCCACCUACCACAACCCUGCAGACUUCAUCAUUGAAGUGGCAUCCGGAGAGUAUGGAGACUUGAACCCGGUUCUGUUUGAGGCAGUCCAAGGUGGAAUGUGCGCAUUAGAGGAGAAGAAGAACCAAUGCGAUAACAAUGGUCCGUCAGUCUGUGCAACAAAGUGCCCGAUGGAUGCCGGACCCAUAGAGAGCCAUACUUUUGCCACAAGCACACUAACACAGUUCUGUAUCCUCUUCAAGAGAACCUUCAUAACUAUAUGUCGAGACCAGGUUUUGACCCACCUCAGACUGAUGUCCCACAUUGCCAUAGGUGUGUUAAUAGGCUUGCUCUAUCUGAACAUCGGCAACGAUGCCAGCAAGGUCUUCAACAACACCGGGUUCCUCUUCUUCUCUAUGCUCUUCCUCAUGUUCGGAGCACUCAUGCCAACUGUGUUAACCUUUCCUCUGGAGAUGUCUGUGUUCCUGAGGGAGCAUCUUAACUACUGGUACAGCCUGAAAGCCUACUACCUGGCCAAAACCAUGGCUGAUAUCCCAUUCCAGGUGAUCUGCCCCAUCAUGUACUGCAGCAUAGUGUACUGGAUGACAGAGCAGCCUCCUGAGGCCAGCCGCUACCUACUCUUUAUAGCCCUGUCCACCUGUACUGCCUUGGUAGCCCAGUCCCUAGGAUUGCUGGUUGGGGCCGCCUCAUCCUCACUACAGGUAGCCACAUUUGUUGGACCUGUAACAGCUAUCCCGGUGCUACUUUUCUCUGGAUUCUUUGUGAACUUUGACACAAUCCCCAAAUAUUUGCAGUGGAGCUCCUAUGUGUCUUACGUCAGGUACGGCUUUGAAGGGGUGAUCCUGUCCAUCUAUGGUAUGAAUCGUUCUGAGCUGGAGUGUCCAGGCAAGGUGUGUAAGUUCCAACAGCCUGAAGAGGUCCUGCAGUUACUGGAUGUGGAAGACGCAAAGCUCUACAUAGAUUUCAUUGUCCUGGGAAUUUUCUUCAUCAUCCUACGGCUGGCCACCUACCUUGUCCUCCGCUACAAGGUCAAGUCUGAGCGAUAGGUUUCACUGGGCUCAUCCUCCAAAUCUCAAGGCCCUUCCUCAUGUCAUUUCAGACCUGGUCUCUUAUCAAAUGUGGGAAUUUGUUUCUUAUUUCAUUUUUCUCGUUGCUGCUACAAGGACAAAACAUACAUUCUGAUCUGUUGUACUGCCAACAACUGUGAAGGGCAGUGACUGAAGAUGCAAAGCAGUAAACAGUCAUAAUUACACACAUACCUGUUUUACCUCAGACAUCAGGACUUAACUCCUGCGCGCAAAGCCAGAUCAGCAGUGAGGAGGACACAGAGACUGAGCCACAUUCAUCUGCACAUACAAUACUUUUCAAUUUCCUGCGAGACAGAAUCGUUUUGAGAACAAGAGGAAGUGAUAUACUUAUUAGAGUGGCCAUGCAUGUUUAUUCUACACUGUGUACUGCCAUUCUGUCAGUGUGGGAGUGUCAUGACUUUGGAACACAAAACUGCUCCAUUGAGAAAAUCAAAUACAAUGUGUUUACAUUGCUCUGUUGGUCCAAAACCUAAGGACAAACUGUUUCACUGGAGAAGUGUGAUGUAUUGUGCCUGAAGAGUGAACACUGGAUGAAAGCAGUUGGUUUGAGCUUGUUUUGCUUUAAUUUUGUUGUCAUAUAACUGAACUUGGGUGACAGAUUGGAGUCCCAAAACAUUAACUUCCUGUCUAUGAAAAUCAAAUCAUUGUUAGAUCUAGAAUAGUUUUUGAACAUUUAAUAGUUGUAAAUUAAGCUUUAUCAUGAUUGUCUACUGAAAUUUGGUAUUUUUUUGUACUGAAUAUAAUCUGAAAUCUUCAAAAUGUUAGUUAAAAGAAAAAUUGUUCAGCCUUAAUCAUUUUAUACUGUACUGUAUUAUCUUUAGUAUUAUAUGCAUUAUGCAAUUAUAUAAAUGUAUUUAAGAAAUAUAGAUGAAUUACUGUAUCAUUAUUCUUUUGUGUCCACACUACAUCCAGUAUCUGCAUAUGCUCAUGCAGUCAUGUUUGGUGCUAUUGUUAUCUGAAGUUUCAUGUUUUGAAUUGUAUGCAUCUGGACUGCAAAUAAUGAUACUGAGCACUUGGAAAACAACCAAAGAAAAACAAUUGUAACUGGAAGUAUGCUAACAUUUUAUUUACAAUCUACUGACAGUCUUUCUGUUGUGUGUGUGUGUGUUGUGUGUGUGUGUGUGUGUGUGUGUGUGUGUGUGUGUCUGUGUGUCUGUGUGUGUGGGAGGGUAUAUCAUGAUGACUUGUAUGUUCAUUGGCUGUUUUUUUAAACAUAUUUUGAAGAACUUAUCGCUGAACUGUACUGUACAGCUACGUGAAGUGUCUGAUAUUCCAAUAAACACUGAUCUAACUACUUAA